CCCGCCCCUGGACUCACAUAUCCCAGACCCAACACAACGAACCAUCACGACCUGGCCUCGUUCCUGUCGUACGCAGAGCGAUCCAGCCUAGACCAGAGCUCCAAGGUCUUUGUCGGUACGCACUUCGAGUACACAGUGGCAGCAACCUUGGCCGCAUACGGGUUCGACCUGCGCAGGGUUGGCGGUUCAUCUGACUACGGCAUUGACUUGCUGGGCACUUGGUCUGUCCCCUCGUCUCCAUCUUCGGCGGGCAGCCCCAUCCACCAGCAACCGCCGUUCAAGGUUCUACUGCAGUGCAAAGUCACCCAGCAGCCCCGUCCCCACCUCAUCCGCGAGCUCGAGGGCGCCUUUAUCGGCGCGCCCGCUGGGUGGAGAGGAUCAAAAGUGCUAGGAUUCCUCGUCACGGAGCGCCCGGCCACCAAAGGUAUUCGGAACUCGCUAGGGAGAAGUCGUUGGCCCAUGGGGUUCAUCUCAUGCUCGAGGCUAGGUCAUGUCCAUCAGAUCCUCUGGAACAUGCGCGCCGAAAGUGAAGGCCUCGAGGGUAUUGGCGUCGGAAUGCGGUACUGUCCACCUCAUGAAGACGACACAGAGGGCAAAGAGGGCCAGGAGCUUGUCCUCACUCGGAAGGGCGAACACCUG